AUGGUUCAUGAGAAGGAAAUCGGUGACGAUGUCGAGCGGAUAAGGCUAACAAGAAAUAAUUUAGUACACAGAAUUGACUGCAAUGUGACGGAUAUAGAAUUUAACGAAUUUUUUGAUGAGUUUAUUGAACUUGGAAGGAGAAUAGAUGUCUAUCUGGGAAAGCAAAGCAAUGUAGGCUUUGAAAAAGACAUUAUGUAUUUCAAAACAUGCCCAAUGGAUGAGUAUCUACAAUGGAAGUACAUAAGGGCCAUAGAGGAAAUAGCAUGUCUUAAAGAGAAAGCCAGAUUGUAUAUCAAUAAGUUAGUGUUUCGUGUUUAUUACGGAACAGCAAUAGAGGAUCUCAUAAGAGAUAUUAAAGAUGAAACAGAGCGGGUUUUUAAAAUUGGAAAUAUACUAGAGAUCGAUUCUAUAGCAGACAUGAAUAUAAUUCUGACAGCUGAUGAAGAUGGCUUUGAGUGUAAUGAUUUCGAGAUAACAGAAGAAAUAUAUUCUAGUCCAGAUGGAAAACAUUCUCUUUUAAUAGAUUUAGAGGUCAGCAAUGAUGUAUUAAGGACUGAUGCCAUCUUUCAAGAGACAAUAGGGGCACAAUGCCCAAUAAAGAACUCUACAGACGACAGCAGUAAAGAAAAAACGGAAAAUGACAAAACUCCGACAUAUGAAUCUCCAGACGACAGCAGUGAAGAAGCAAUUGAAAAUGACAAAACUCCGACAUGUAAAUCUGAAACUGAGCUUUUGAGUGAGUUGGGAUUAGAAAUGUAUUACCCUGAUAAGAUAGCUUUAUUUGAUAUUGUAAAGAUCCAACCAAGUCAUUCUAACAUUAAGCUUAGUAAUAUACCAUGGGUAUUUUUAGAGAAUAUAAUUUCUUUGAACUAUAAUGCUCGCGAUGAAAUUUUAGAAGAACAGUUAAAACAAUCAAAAUGUGUUCCUGAUGAAUUAAAUAAACAGGUUGACUUUUUAGAUAAUUUACUUGGAAGUGAUGCACUACUAACUAGAGUGAAUCCAAUUGAUUUGACCGUAGCUAUAUUCAAUUGUUGUUCUCCAGUAGUCAAACAGAUUGUUGCCUCAAAAAUGUUCAUGUGUCGUCUUGCAAUUCCCUUUGUCUUUCCGCAAUGCAGAAACGAAGCCAUGUUAGUAUCUAUUUGGCCUAUUAGACAAAUUGUAAUAGAGAGAGAACUAUCUCAUAUUGGUGCUGUUGAUUGCCCUUGUAAUGUUGUGUCAUUUGUUCGAAUUGGGUAUACGUCAGUUUCGAAGUCCAGAAUGAUUAAUGAGAUAAUUUCAAACCAGUAUCAUUGUACAUUCGUCAACAAAGACAGCCCUCUUGGUUCAACUACAAGAUGGAUAAGCAAUGGAUUGGUUGAAAUGGCCUGGUAUAUACCAUCAACGAACAGUGGACUUCUUUCUAAUGUCACUGCCUGUCUAAAUCUAAGAGGUGAUUGUGAUGUACAUAGACCACAGCUCCAUUUUAUGUCACAUUUAUCAGAUGCUAUUGUCAUUAUGGUUGAUAUUUAUGAAAUGAAGAACACGCGAUUUAUGGAGCUAAUUACAGAAGUUUACAACACAAACGUGAUGGUCAUUUUGUCCAUUGAUGCUACCCGGUGUAAUAAAGAGGUGCUGACAAAAGAAUUAAAAGCGUUCUUAAGUAGAACAUCCAUGUAUGAGACCCGAACAAAAAUAAAUAUCAUGACAGUGAACGGUAUUGUAAGAAAUAUGUCUGACGUAAAAAAAGAAAUGAGAAAUAUCAUUUCUGAAUUGGUAUCAAAGCGUCCAUUGUUAUCUCUCUGGCAGAGGGUGCAAGCAGAUGUGUGUGAAGAGAUGAAUUUAGACGAAAACAAGAUUGUAUACAGUGCUAUGAAAGAAGCGGCUGACCAAAUAACAAGCUUUAUUCCAAACAUGUCUUCGAGCAUUAAAGCACAGCUCUUACCCCUCCAGGGUGUGCCUUGGAAAGAAUGGAGCCAGAAUUUAAAAACGGUCAACAAAUCGUCGAAGUACAAAGAUAUGCAAGAAAAUGGUCUCAUCAGAAAUAAAAUGAUCGAAGCCAGACAAUCGCAGUUUCAUAUUUGUGAAAAUCUCGGUCCUUUCAUGAGCAUGUUUAUUGAUAAAAUACUACAGAUUUUACCAUACGAAAAAGAAACUAAAGUGUUUGUUGUUUGGUUGAAGAUAUUUUUUGAUGAACGAUCGCAGCAUAUUCUACCCGAAUAUCUCGAAAAAUACAAGUCAAAAUGGCAGGAAUUGAAAUCUGCUCAAGACCAAAACGACUCUAAAGAAACAAUUGAUAGAUUGCAACUUCAGCUCAGUGAACGUGAAUAUGAAUUAGCGGAAGCUUCUUUUGGAUUUGAACAUUUAUGCCGCGAAAUGGGCCAAAUGUACGAAGCUAUGAUGGAGAGUAACCUACCGACACCCGUUAAAUAUCAAACAAUUAAAUCUGCAUUACCGCAUAUUAGCGCAAAACUUCUACUGAUGGGACAUCCUUUUGAAGUAAUGGACGGGGAUACAGCAAAUGUACCACUUCUUUGGGUUAAAGCAGUUUUGAAAACUUUAAGGGAAAGCAUAGGAGACAAAAAGCUUAUGGCAUUGUCCGUUUUAGGGAUACAGAGUUCUGGAAAGUCGACUUUAUUGAACGCAAUGUUUGGUUUGCAGUUUGCUGUUGGCACAGGACGUUGCACACGAGGUGUGUUUAUGCAACUUGUACCAGUUUUAGACAACACAAAAGCUUAUGACUAUGUGCUUGUUAUAGAUGCUGAAGGUCUUCGAGCUCCACAACUAGCACAUGCAAAGCGCAGUCAUGACAACGAGCUUGCUACAUUUGUGGUUGGAUUAGGUGAUGUUACGAUAGUCAAUGUGAAGGGAGAAAAUACAGAAGAAGUACAAGAUGUUUUACAGAUUGUUGUUCAUGCCUUUCUCAGACUAAAACUCGCAAAUGAACGACUGAACCUGAAACCAAAGUGUGUGUUUGUUCACCAAAAUGUCUCAUCUCCGGAUGCCAAUGAUAAGUUAACACAACAAAGAACAAGUUUUGUAAGAACUUUGGAUACAAUGACGCUAGCGGCAGCAAGGGUAUUAAAUAUUGCAGACACCAAUUCUUUCAGACAAGUUAUCAAUUUUGAUAGCGAGACAAAUGUUUGGUAUUUUUCCGAUCUGUGGUAUGGUGAUCCGCCAAUGGCUCCGGUUAAUCCGGGUUACAGUACAAGUGUAAAUAGAGUUAAAGACGCAUUGUUCUUUGAUUCAUCAUUCACGCAGAGAGGAACAUAUUUUACAAUUACUGAUACCAUUUCACGAAUUGAAGAUUUAUGGAACGGUAUUUUAAAAGAUGACUUCGCUUUCAGCUUUAGAAACAGCUUAGAAGUAAAAGCGUAUAACAGUUUGGAAAGACAAUGCCACAAUCUCACAUGGAUAUUAGAAAAGUACGUUCUGGAAUUUGUCAAGUCUGAGGCAAAAAGCAUGCUUAUAAACUGUCUGAAUGAUCAUGAAUUAGAAAAUGCUUUUCGAAAGAUUGUUGCUCAGGUUGCCAGUGAAAUAGAAAAACAAGUGAAAAUUUCGUGCAACGAACUAGAUUCGUUUGUUGAACGAAGUACAUUGAAAGAUGUCAUGUUGCAGUGGACCGAAAGUAAGAAAACUAGUUUCAUACUUUCAGAAAGAAAUCUUGUCCUCAAAGCAGAAUCUAAUAUUAGAAAUAUUAAAGAAGAAAUAAAAAUUCAGAGAUUGAAAUCAAGAGAGAAGACGAAUCACGAAAUGAAAAUAAACGAACUUGCGAGAAAUCUUGCAGUCGAAAUGCAGGGAACAAUUCCUGAAAGAGAUAAAUUAGAAGAAAACUUUAAUCAUUUCUGGAGUUCGUGGAUUAAUCAGUUGGGUAUAAAAGAUGACACCGAGGUUUUGUCUAUUGCCGAUCAGAUUAAAUUCCUGUUACAUAACAAAUUCUCAUCUGAUGCAGCAUUCUUUAACGCCAACCCAUCAUGUGAACGUUUCAGAAAACUUGAAGGAAGUAUAAGCUCGCAUCAAAUACUAACGGAACAUUUCAGUCGACAUAAUUAUUUGGGGGUAUUUGGAAAAGAGACUCCCGACAAGUGCAGGAAUCAAACUGUGGACAUAACUAAUCAAACAUUCCGAAAAAUCGAUUCAAUGUUGUUGGAACUCGAUUCACAAGAUAUUAGGUUCGACAUUUCAUAUGUGACAGAAAUAAUGAAUAUAAUCGUGAAUGACAUCGAUGAUCAUAAUGAUCACACCAGGAAUAGCUACAGAUUUAAUUUCCUUCCACCGUUUAGGGCUAUGAUUGUGAAUCAUGUUGCUGUGCAUGUUUCAUUUUUUUUUACAAAAUUAAAUGAAAGGUACAAUAGAAAACACAGCCCUAAAGGUCAGAUGGAAAGUUACAAAGGAACUGCAUUGGCUUUGUUUAUAAACUUAGUAGAACAAAAGACGGAAGACGUAAUAGCUGCUGGGUUCUUUAAGGAAGCAAUAAUAAAAGCGGUGGUUGAACAUGUUACUGAACUGUUGCCAAUAGAUGUCCAAGAACAUAUUUUGGUCUUGUUCGGCAAUGCAAAAUUUAGUUUAAUGAAAGAUAUUAUGGUAUACUUAGCAAAUGCUGAAAAAUAUGAAGAGUAUAUAGAAUACAUUCACGAUCCAACCACUUUCGCAAAAUCGUGGAUAACAAAACUCACCAAUGACGUAAUGUUCGAACGUAAGGGAAAUGUCGAGACAAAAUAUGCGCAUUUGGCAAAAAGUAGAGUACAUAAGAUAUUUCGUCACUUGUUUGAAAGAAUACAAGUAGCCAAUGAAAACUGCUCUCAACUAGGACAGUCUACUGUUAAACACUGGAUCGCAAUCUUUAUGAAUCAUGUUGGGGAAUCUAAUUAUCUACCAUUGUCAAAUGACAUUCUAAUACAUGUCCAAACUAGAAAAGUUUCAGAUAUAAAAAAUUUCACGGAAAUGGUACUCGAUGCAUUGAAAGAUACAGAAAGUUUAGUCUUAAAGAAUUUCCAGACUACGAUUGCAAGUACCGUGCAGUGGAAUGAAAAUCCUAUACCCCAAAUUAUGAACCGUUUGUGGGGAUGUGAGGCAAAAUGUAUGUUCUGCUACGAGCCAUGUAAAAAUACUGAUAAGGAUCAUGUCAGCCUUGGGUUUCCACACCAGUGUAUACAACACCGACCUAUGGGAAUCCGGGGAUUCGCCUGGGCUGGGACAGACAAAUUUAUAGUCGAUUUUUGCAAUUACAGCAUAACAACAGAAAAAACAUACAAAUGGCACGAAAAUGAUGAAAAGGAGGAAUGGAAAUACUAUAAAGAUUACAAGGAAUCUCAUAAAGACUGGGAUAUUUUACCAUCGUCUGAUGUUUCAAAAUACUGGAUGUGGGUUGUUUGUAAAUAUCAGCAAGAAUUUGCAGAAAUGUAUGGCUUCAAACUCCCAGAUAUACCAGCACAUUGGUGGAGCAUUACCAAAGAAACAGCAAUAGAGAGUAUAUCAAGCACCUCAUAA